UAUGCCAUACUUAGCUGUGAUGUAACCAAUAGUUGACCAACAAUGUCAAAACUAAAGUUAUCUCCUUAUGCAUCGCAGCUAUGCAAUACUCGGAUAUAUCUAGCUAGCUACAUAGCUUUUGUUAGAAAAGCGAAAGUAACUUUGUUCGCCAAAUAACGUUUCCCGGAUAGUUGAUUACGUCAACCAAAUCUGGGGUCUAUUCAUUAGUUGGAUUAUGUUGCAAAAACGUUUCGUUUCGUUGCAAAAAAAGGAAAACCGCUGGCCAGCUAGCUAGCAACAACACGUGCGAAGCUAAUCCACGGCCUUUUCCAGAAUGACAGAUGGUCCAGAAACGCCGCCUAACUAUGAGGAGCAGUUUGCCCACCGGUUCUCUCUCCAGGACCCGGAGUACCAGCAGUACGUGAGUCGCCCCGCCAACCCCCCGCCACUGGUAGAGGACUGGGGGGGGCGUGGAGGUGGAAACAACCGGGGCAGAGACAACAGAUCACAGGACCGUGGCGGGUACAGGGGCCGGGGUUGGGGAGGGGGCCGGGGUUGGGGAGGAGACAGGGACCGCGGGGGAGACAGGGACCGCGGGGGAGACAGGGACCACGGAGGGGAUAGGGACCGCGGAGGGGAUAGGGACCGGGGAGGGGAUAGGGACCGCGGAGGGGAUAGGGACCGCGGAGGAGACAGGGACAGGCGUUACGGCCAGGGUGGUGGUGGGCAUCAGUCUGGAAGAUACAACUCCUACAACCAGAGACCAUCACAUUACGACCGCUACUGAACUCCUCAUACUGUGGAGUGACCCCAUUCACAUCAC